AUGUUCGCUGCGACGUUCUCGCCUCCGCUUCUUCCUUCCCCCACCCCACGCUCGACCCCGCCCAACCCGCCUCCGACGCGCUCCUCGCCUACCUCGUCUCUCCCCUCCCCGUCAAGGAUGCCGCGCGCACGGCCCGCGCUCUCCCGCCCGACCGGCGCGGGGUGCCAGCGCUCCACCCCGCUCGUUCCUCGCCGACGCCGACCUCCCCUCCCCGCCACCCUUCGCCGUGUCCGUGCGUCCUCCGCCGCCAAGCACCCGGGGCUCUUCCGCUGCGUCCACCUCACCGGGCCCGCAUGCCGGAGUUCCACGGCCUGCCUCACGGUCUCCCCGUUUCCGAUCCUCGCCGGCUGGGGCGUCCCAGGAGCUCUCUGCUCGUCAACGGCCGGUGGCCGCACGUCCUCGUUUUGCCCUCCACCUUCCUACGCAUGGCCACCCUGCCCGCCGCUACACCCGGCCUGCGCGGGCGAAACGGCAACAACCAUGGCGCCAACAAGUGAGCGCGGCCGGCGACGCGACGGCGCGAACGCGGCGAUGCGCCGAAAGCGAUAG